GUUACUUUUUUUUUUUAGUUUGCUGCUGCGGUUUAGUAGUGCAGCUAAACGUCGACGAACAAGGAAGGAAUAACGAAAGAGCCUUCAACGCUGAUUUUUGUAGAAUAUUGGACCGACAAAUAGUUACCAGCUUCCACCCUGUCUCUCUGCGAUUGAGAAAGGGACUCACGUUCUCUGUUCAUCACACCCUCUCUCUCUCUCUCUUCGUCUCUCUCUCUCAUCCAUGUGCAUUUCUUGUCUCAUAUUAGGCUUCGAGUUCAGAGGUCGCCCCCUUCAUAGCUUAGAAGCAACUUCCGCAACGUUUUCUCCUUGAUUUCUUCAGGAUCUUAGGCAUGUCAGUGUUGGAAACCCCAAUAGAACGGAAGAACUUGAGUUUAGGCAAAAGGGUUCUUGAGAAGAUCAAGAACAACAUUUGGGCGACCUGGGUUUUUCAAAUUGUCCCUGUUGAAGUGUAUUGAGGACACCCCACAUGAGUUGAUGAGGCAAGACGCUGUAAAGGUGUCACUUUUAAGAUGGUUUCUAUCAGAAUGAUGAAUGAGUUGAAGAGAAAAAGCGAGGCAUUGUGUUUGCAUUGCAGCAAAGAACCCAAUACGAUAAAUGGGUAGUAUUAGUGUAGUAACUUGAGAAUGAUGAUCUUCCGAUGAGAAAAGUAGGCACCAUUUAGUCUCUUACAUUGAGAUUAUUGCGUUGCACACUGUUUUUGGUCGGCUAGUUGUUGAAACCGCUGUGGGGUUUGGACAAAAGGAUCUGUCUCGUGAAGUCUGGCCAAAGGGCUGGGAAAUAGGGUAAAAAUAUUCGCUGGUAAUCAGGGUUUCAAAUAGCGUGCUAUAGUGCUGUAGCGGAGUAGCCCUUGCCUGCUACAGGGGCUGCUGUAGUGGAACAGUUUAGUGAAGUGGCUGUAGCAGACAAAAAUAGCGGGCUGAAUACCGGCCGUAGCAGAUGCUAUAGCAGCGCCAUGUGUUGAUUAAUUCCAAAGAAAACCCUCUAAAAAACCGAGCUCUAGUUCUCUCUCCCAAGCUUUCUCCAGCUUUGCAACUAGCUGUGUCUGGCUCUGGCCAUCAUCAAGUCUUCUUCAGAAAAUUACAAAUGGAUUCAUCACAAAGUGCAGCUCUUGGGGGAAAUGGUGGGAGUGGUGGAAAUGGGACGUUGAUUUCUCAAAAUAAUGACAUGGCAGCCUCUGCAACAGGAGCUGAUGAUUCUAUGCAGAAGCUGAACCAGGUCAGCAAUUCCAUUCAGAAAACCUUAGGCCUUAUCCAUCAGCUUUACCUCACAGUUUCUACCUUCAAUGCUGCCUUUCAAAUGCCUCUCCUCCAACGCAUCAAUGGCCUUGUUGCGGAGCUUGACAACAUGGUUAAAUUGGCAGAGAAGUGCAACAUUCAGGUUCCUAUGGAGGUUGUCAAUUUAAUUGAUGAUGGAAAGAAUCCAGACGAGUUUACCAAAGAUGUUAUAAAUAGCUGUAUUGUAAAGAAUCAGAUCACCAAAGGAAAAACUGAUGCUUUAAAGAGUUUGCGCAAACAUCUUUUGGAGGAAUUGGAGCAUAACUUCCCUGAUGAGGUUGAAACUUUUAGAGAGAGUCGUGCUGCUGCAGCUGCUGAGUUGAAACGUCAGGCACAGGCACAAAGCGCACUGCCAAAUGGAGAUGUAAGGGUUAAAUCAGAGCAUUGAGUGAUAGGCAUAUUUCUUGUGCCUUCUAACGUUUAUGUAUACGUUGUAUAGUGCAGUUCAGCACUGUUCCUUGUUUCUGCAUCUUGGUUAAAUGUUGUAAAUUUGAUGACUAUUUUUUACUUAUUAAUCACUUAAUUUGGCUUGUUGCUAA